UUUCCUCUCCGUUCCUUGUUUCUCAUUGUCAUCAUUUUUCCUACGCGUCUUAAUGACUUGUCUCGCUUCGACAUUUGAAAAACGCGCCGACUCUUCCCAUACUGGAAUUCCCCAGGCCACGCUGCUGCCAGCUGCUGAAGCAUGUCGGCCUCGGCUCGCCGGCGCUCCUCUGCUUCAGACUCGCCCGUUUCGUCUCCACUUGCGCGCGCUCCCAGGUUCUCACCACCCUCUUCCAGGACCGUCUCUCCCAUCCGCAAGCCUUUGCACCAACGCUCAGAUUCGCAAUCCAACCAGUAUGCCGGGCCCACCAUCCGCAUAGUUGAGGAACAGGGACCAGAUGUCUAUUCAAAGAACCCAUUUCCCAGUCAGGCCUCGCAAAUAUUACCGCCUCGUAAGAAGCCAGGGUACACGUUCGAGCGCAAGGGGUCUCGUGUUUCAGAGACGGUCGCAAAGUUCGAAGCAAGCCAGCAGGCACGCCCGACCCUGGUCCCCAAGCCAUUGGACUCCAAGAAAGCCAGACACUCGACGUCCACUAACACGUCAGACGCCGACACGACCGUGGUCUCUUCAUUUUCGCCGUUGUCCAGUCGCUUCUCCCAGGGCAGCACAGCCCGGUCGUCGCCCACGUCUGACUCCCUGUUCAGGAACGAAAAGGAUUUCGAGGUACUUCAGGAAGUUCCCUCCUCUCCGCUCAGGUCUACCAUCCGGGCUGUCUCUCCUUCUCCCUCGCCUCCGUCCAGCGCCGAAGCGCCGUCCGACAACCACGCAUUAACACCACGCGCAUCUGCAGCAUCGCUUGCUUCGACCAACAGCGAAGAAUCAUUGGUUCACCACAACGCAAAUCGCAAUAGAGUUUCAUCCAUUGUCAGUGUCAGCACUCUGCCAGGAAAUCGUCACAAACACACUCCCUCGUCUGGAUCCAACCAUCAGAAGCAGGCUUCAACUAGCGCUACUACAGCAGCACAGCGGCCCAUUUCAAAGGCCUCUGCACACUCUUUCACUUAUACAGACUAUUCUUACGACAGCGAACGUCCGCGUUCCGCAUCACAACCUGCGUCGACUAUUCAUGAAGCGCAAACAGCAACCGUCGCUUCCGGAGUACGAGUCAACUACCCAACUGUGCGCGCGGCUUCAGCCAGCAGCUUAUGGGCUUCGUCGCAAGAACAACUUCCGACCAUCACGUCACGAAUGAACCAUCCUCGCACACAGGUACACCAGUGGAGCUCACAGCUUUCGACAAUCGCAUCCGAAUCUGAGCGCGGUUCUCGUUCAAUCGAGCGAGCUUCACGGUCCCUCAGCGCGCGGUCACAAUCGGUCUCUCAAGAUGAUUAUCCGUCAACGGGCAGAUCGGUCGUACCGCGGAGGAGGCAGACAGUUUCCAGCGUCUCUUCUUCGGACAACGUUUCGAAUUCGAACUUCACAGAAUCAUCGGUUGCCGUACCGUUGCCGCUGUUCUCCCCCAUCACCGGACCUUCAGACCACCGUCCCGGCUCCGAGUCCGAUUUUGAAGAGCGCAAUGACACCAUCUCGCCUCUACAAUCACCGCCGCUCAGGAUGAAGACAUCCUUCAUACGGAGAUAUAGCGAUUCGCGGUCGCCUUCCUCCUCCAGACCAAGCUCGUCGCAGUCUGAUCUGGCGACGUACAUCGCGAGCACGAUCCCAGCGUGGGCCAGAGUAUACUACCGAAAAGGCGAACGCACGUCGUUGGGCGCACCAGAUUCGAUCUCGGAAUCAGCUCCCAGUUCACGGCUACAGACAUCGCACAGCGGAAGGACCAAUACCCCGUCUGAUGGAAACCUUCCGUUCAGCAUAUACAACCCCCGCAGGCGACCACACCAGCGAGCGUCGGGCGCAGACAGUGUGUCUAUGAUGUCCGAAGGCCCUAUCGAGCAGGAUGUCUACGCGGUCGGCGGCCCCCGACGGCAUGUCCUUGAACAGUUCACCCCUCGUCUACGACCCGACCAUCGCAGCCAGGCCCAGCUAAGCGCGUGGAAAGCCCCAUCCUUCGACGAGAACUUCGGUGCGGCGCUGUUUAGCCGUCAGAACAGGCAAAUCGUGUUCUUCUGUCUGGGAUUCAUUUUCCCGUUUGCCUGGAUGAUAGCAUCGCUCCUACCUCUGCCGCCCGACCCCAAAACCAUUCAAGAAACCACAGCGAGCGAGCUAGAUUUCGAGCAGCGCUUCGGUGAUCAAUUCGGCCCUGUUGUCGAUAAAUCCUUCCAAAAGGCCAAUUGGUGGCGCAACCUCAACCGAAUCAUGUCCGGAGUCGGCACGCUCCUAAUCGGCGCGAUAAUAGCACUCGCCAUACUCGCAUCCAGGAUGUCCUAAACCCUAAUACCACGGCCUUUCAACGCCACCUCCGCCGACCUCUCACCCUCUCACCAGCUUGCUUUACGCGCGCUCCAACGUCUACACGACACUUUCACAUAAUGCCUAU